CUUAAACGAUUAUUCAAAAUCACAAGACUGUCAAUUGUCAUCGUUCAGCCCUUCCCCAGUUUCGCUGCCCCAAUUUCCGCUUAUAUACUGUGCCGCCUGUGCGCACACACUAUACUCCGUUUCCAUAUCAGCCCCAACUCUCGAACUGAAGGAGGAUCGGCCAUCGCGACACCGCCGGUCGCCGCAUAUACUGCUACUGCCGCAGCGCGGGACUUUAAGUUAGAGUCAUUCAAAGCUUUGCUGCACGGUUGUAUGCAUCUCAGGAACUGAUAUCAUAUCCCUGAGCUGAUAUGGGUUUUGAUAUUGAGUGUAUAAUUGACAUCCACAAUUAUCCUGGGGAAUAUUUCUGUCCCGUUUGCCGCACUCUCGUAUACCCAAAUGAAGCACUUCAGUCUCAAUGCACUCAUCUCUAUUGCAAAGCUUGUUUGGCACAUGUUUCUAAUGGGGACAAGGCAUGUCCAUAUGAUGGGUAUUUAGUGCUUGAAGCACAUUCCAAGCCUCUUAUUGAAACAAACAAAAUUCUUGCCGAGACCAUUGGCAAAGUCAAAGUGCGCUGUCUAUUUCAUAAAAGUGGAUGUACAUGGGAAGGAAUUUUAUCUGAAUGUACCUCACAUUGUCCUGGAUGUGCUUAUGGAAAUUCCCCAGUUAUAUGCAACAGGUGUGGAGUGCAAAUUGUGCAUCGGCAAGUGCAUGAACAUGCUCAGACUUGUGCAGGUGUGUAUCAAUCACAGCAGGCUGUAGAAGUUAAUCCUAACUCUCAAUCUGGAGCACCAGCUACUGCUGCUGCUGCUGCAGGUACUGACCAGAAUAAACAAGUUGCUCAACCUAACUCACAAGCUUCUCAGGUUCAGAAUCCGCAGAUUAGUGCUGCUCCUUCGCUUCCUGGUCAAGAUCUCAACCAGCAAACUAAUGUCAAUUCUCAAGCCCCAACUGCUGUGGCUACUCCUGAACAGUGGUACCAACAACAGUAUCAGCAAUACUAUCAGCAGUAUGCUGGAUAUGACCCUUAUCAGCAGUCUUAUCAACAGUACUAUCCCUACCAACAACAGGGUGUGCAACAAUAUCAACAACACCCACCACAUGUGCAAGGGCAAACACAGCCUCAAGUCUACGGCCAACCUCAGCUCCAGGCUCAACCACAAUCUUAUCCCCAGGUGCAACCUCAACCAUCAACUCAAUCUCAGCCUCAAGCCCAAGUUUCAACGCAAGCGCAGGUCCAACAGCAUAUUCAACCUUUGGCUACACAACACCAGAACCAAAGUCAAGUCAACCAACAACAAUUAUUUCAGCCUCCUGUACAAUCGCAUGCACAAGUUCCCCCACAAUCAUAUCCACCUCCUCAUGGUCAGGCCCCACAGCCUUAUCCAGUGCAGCCACAUCCACAAGGAUUGCAACAUAUGCAAGCCCCUCCUUACCAGCAGCCUUCUGUAAAUUUGCAUAAUGCACAGCCAUCUAUGGCAUUACCACAGCAAAAUCCUCAAGUCCAACCGCAAGUAAGCAUGCACCCUCCUCAGUCUAACCAGCCUGCUGCUGCUCCCAUACUCCAGCCUCAGAACCCACUUCAACCUCCUCAUGCACUCACAGGACACCAGUCCUACCCACAAUCUCAACUUCAAAUGCCUGUGAGGUCUGGCGCAAGUGGACCUCUCCCUUCUGCCCACACCCAAAGUCAGGUUCUGCAGCAGCAGCAACCUAUGAUGUGCCCUCCUCAUGCUCCUAUUGCCAAUCAACAACAGGGUAUGCUGACUUCUCAAGGUCAAUUUGUUUCACAACAAUCCUUGCUCCCCCCAAAUGCUCAAUACAAUGGCCUUCCAGUUCAGUCACGUCCUCCUCAAGCAACUCAACUACCGGUGUCUCAGCAGUAUCCCCAGCAGCCAUUUGCGGGUGCAUUCCCUAGCCAGUCACACCAGCAAGGUCCCUCUGUGCAUCAGCAGCCGGCUUACUUACAUCCACCUGGUCCUCCUCAUAUGGCACCUCAAUCAACUCAAAGCUAUCAUGCCCCUGUCCAAUCACAGCCAAAUGUUGUGUUAGGUCCUGGCAUGCACCCUCAAUCAUCUCACAAUUAUUUUGGAAAAGCAAUGCCUCCUGCAUCUAGUGGAUCCGGUGUUGCACAUCCAAAUCUAGCAGUGCAACAUGGCUCAAACCAACCACCUAAUGGUCAUUAUUCAAACUCUGUGAACAACCAACUGCAAGCUUCUAUAGAUCAAAAGAAAUCUGUAGCACAUGAGGGCCAAGUUGACCCCACAUUCACAAAACUUGAACACAAAGCAAAAACUACAAUAACUUCUCAAAACAGUGCUGGCAAGGAGGGCGGUGUGCUUGGAACUGAAUCUUUUGAAACUAAUGCUGUAAAACUGGAAACAGGCAUGAUCAGUGAACAAGAUACCGCAAUGGAGUGUGCGAGAAGCAAUCACACUGAUAAAGGCAAUUCUAAUGACCCUGCAAUGAAGCAAACUGUUAAGGAAGAGCAUAGUGGGAAUGCUGCAGAGUUGUCAUCUGGUGCCAAAUCAGCUCAUACUGACGGUUUGAUAGACAGAGCCUCUGGUAGAUUGCCUGGUAAUUUUCAUCCCCAUACAGGCUUUGAAGUUUCAUCUAACACUUCUCAGGGAUUUCCUUCAAGUGCUUUGCCUUUUGGUUCAGCUGGUAUGGGAAGAGCACCACUAUCUGGACCUGAAGGCCACUUUGCCCCCCAUCAUACUCCUUUGAAUGUCAAUGAAAGUCACUUUGGGCAGCAGCAUCCAACUAAUCGAAUGGAAGCUGAAAUGUUCCAUAACAGAAGGAUGAAUGGAAUUGACAGAGGACUGCCAUAUCACACUGAACAUUCUCAUGAUGAAAGGUUGAAAGUCUCAGGUGUGGAUCAUUCGGGAACUUUUCCAGGAGAACCUCGUUGGCCUCUUGAUCAAGCUGGACCUGGUCCAUUUGACAAGGGGCCUCAUGGAUUUAACUAUGACAGUAAUGCUCUUGCUCCAUCAAGAUUUUUGCCACCAUAUCAUCCUCCUGGUGCCCCAUUCAAUAUUGGUGGUGCAGAGAGAGAAUUGCGGCAUAGUCUGCUUAAUGACGAGAGAAGAAAUGCUGAUUUUGUCCACAGGCAUACUGAUUUUCUUGGACCAGGACAUGGAUUUGGUCCUGAACGCAUGGAUCGCUUUGCUCCUAGGAGUCCUCCCAGAGAAUACUUUGGCAUCCCACCCCGUGGAUUUCUUCCUCAUGGUCCUGCCGGUUUUGAUGAUCUUGAUGGCAGAGAAGCACACAUGUUUCCUGGAGGGUCUAGACCUUUCAGACAUCCUCCUAAUCCAGUUAGGAACUCAUUUCAUGAUGACGGGUUCCUUCCUUUGCAUCGCCACCCACAGGGAGACAUGGUGGGCGAGCAUAUGGUACCUAGACAUUUGAGAGGGGUUGAUCCUUUGGGACGUCGAAAUUUGCACGUUGGAGAACCUGCUGGUUUUGGUCCAUUUGGAGGCCCUGGUAGUUUGCCGCAUCUACCGUUUGGUGAAUCAUUUGGAGGGAACAAGCCAGCUUUUCCGCGUCCUGGGGAGCCUGUUUUUAGGAGCAGAUAUUCUCUACAAGGAGUUUCUAAUGAAGAAACUUUUAUGGGUGAUGCUGACUCCUUCGAUAGAACAAGGAAUAGGAUUUCACUGAGUAUGGGCUGGUGUCGCAUUUGCAAGGUUGAUUGUGAAACCAUGGAGGGCCUGGAUAUGCAUUCACAAACAAGAGAGCACCAAAAUAUGGCUAUGGAUAUGGUUAGAAGUAUCAAGGAACAAAACAAAAAGAGACAAAAGAGUAACACAGCAGUUGAAGAGGGAGGGAAGAUUAGAAAUGCUGCUUUUGAGGGUGGUGCUAACAAACCUUGAGUCCUGCAGCGUAUUGCAAGGAUUAGAAGGUGGAUGCCUUCUUCGGGAGAUGGUUUUGGGAAGUUGGAAGCCAAAUUCUGUUGCAAAAAGAGAGAGGAUGCUUUCCACAGAGAAAAUUGACAUUUUUGUUGGAUGGCCAGGAUAUGUUUGAUGCACACUUUUAUUCAACUGGUAACCUACUGGUGUUUGUUUUGUUUAAUAUAAUCUGACUAACUGGCAUUCUUUGUCAGCUAAUCACAUUUCUAGUUCUCUAUACAGAUAUAGUUAAUAGUUAUAUAUUGGUGAAACGGGAGGAAGUGAUUAGGGAGUUGGUUUUGUAUUUUAUGCUAGGAGAAAAUAAUACACGAUUUAUAUACUUGGGCUCAUAAAAUGGACUCUUGAACCAGCGAAGUAGACUCUUGAACUAGUCAUAUAGGAGCACACCAAGGGGAUGUUUGAGCAGUAACCUGUCAACCCUAAUAGUUCAUGCUGUGCAAAGUAAAACUUGUUAUGAAUCUUUGUACGACACUAUUUUUUUUUUUAAGGAUUUGUAGGACAAUAUUAAAUGUACCUAUUUUAAAAUGAAACAAUAGGAGCAUACCCAUUAAUUUUAGAACAGAAAAUAAUGACUCAAAACUUGGGGGUUCCAGCAUGCAAAUUCUAUAUUUUAUCCUUGCUUUUAUAUAUACAUUCAAAUUGAAGCCUGGAGUGUGCCUGAGAAGCAGUUCAUACUUCAUACCUCAUUGUGGAAUUUAUUCUUAAAACUAUUUUUGGAUGGACUAGACCAUAAAUUUUUUCUUGGUGAUAGUUAGACCAUGCUAGCUAAUUGUAGAUUCACCUGAACAGAUUUAGGAUCUAACUACUAACUAUAUAUUAUUUCAAGUUAUAUCUAAUAUUUAAAUGUACAUAUAAGGAGUUACAGACUAUAUCUCGAUAUGCCCUCGUAAGGCUAUGCCUAUCAUUUAAGUUUUAUGUUGUAAGUUAUUGGUUUAAUGGGUCUUGGGGUGGCUUUAUGCAUUUUGUGAUGGACAUGGACUAUCCUGGACAUCGGCUAUUCUACUUGACAUACACUAGGAUGAUGAGAAAUUUGAUUAUUAUUCUGUGAAAAUUUCAUCAUUAUGAUUGAAUAAAAAAUCGGUUGACAUUUAAGGUGUUUGUUUUUUGUUUUUUCCAAAUUAGGAUUUAUAAUACUAGUUAAUAGUUUCACAGCACUAGCCAUGGCCAAGUUGAAGGGUUAAGUUUUCACACUUCCCUCAAGGCAUUCCAAUCCCACAAACCUUUCCAAAAAAUAGUGUUAUAGUGAAUUUGGCUAAUGUUUACUUAUUUUAUCCUAUGAAGUCAACAUAGUAUAAAGUCAUACUAAGCUGGUCAAUUCAAUCUAAUCAAUCUUUAGUCUUUAUCACCAAAGGAAAUGAGUCCUAAAUGUACUAUUCUUAGAAUUAGGUUUCUCCAUGGGCAUACUUUUUGAGAAAAUAUUUAGAAGUCAUGACAUGUUGGACAGUUGGCAAUUGGCAACCACAGAGAUGAUACAUAUAAGUACUUAUUGGUGUAUCUUUGUGUUUAUUAGUCUCUUUAAAUCUGAAAUUCUCCAGAGAAAUGUGUAUGGUUUUCCUUCACAUAUGCUGAAAUUUUGUCUAGGGAGUAUAAUGGGGGUGGAUACUUCAUAGAACAAUUCUUAGUCCUCCGUUUCCAACAUUUCACCACUAAGUGGAGUGUAUGCCAAAGGUGUAGUAUCUGUAUGAAUCGACCAUAUGAGAAAGGUGAUUCAGGUCUUCUAGAUAUCUAAUUGCUUCUGAGGUGAAUAGGGUUCCAAGUGAAAAGGUUUUAUGAUGACAUCUAUCUACUCAUAAUACUGAAUGGAAUUUAAUGACUUUGGGAUUAAGGGAUACACAUUCAAAUAUCAAUUUAGGUAUACCCAAAUGGUUUCUAUUGUAAUUGGAAUGAUCAUUUUUUAACUUAGUUGAGUAUGGGAAAUGAACUUAGAAUCCUCAUAUCAACUCUAUGAUCAAAUUCUAACAUCAUAGCAAAAUCUCUUUUGGCUUUAACAUUUACAAUCAUUGAUUCCAAAUAGAAAGAUGAAUUUCGAACUUAGGUUAGAUUCUUGAAGCUGACAAAGGGUAUCCUGCUUAAUUGCAACAAUCAUGUCAUUCCUUGUAUGUUAGCUAUUACUCUGUAUUAUAAUUCAUAUAUGUAGUCAAACAGUGUUUGAUGAAAUAACUUGAUGGGAAUAUUCUAUAUAUUCACACGUGGUUGUUUAGUGUACGCAUUUAUUCAUUAGUACUUCGAUAGACAUGUUUUUAGUGAAUAAUAGAUACAGUUAACACAUAUAGUAAAACCACGAAAUACAGGCAUCCCAACUAGAGCAAGAAGAGCUAUUUGUGAGAAAUAAUGUGGUAGUGCCUACUAGAAUUCAGAGCCUUUAUGGAUACGGCUAAAGACAAGGGAAGAUAAGUGAUCUUUUGGCGUAAUCUCAAUUGUGAUUAUUUUUUGUAUGUAUGCUAAAAAUAAUAAUGCAAGCAAAGGCUCGUGGAGCUGUGGAUUCUAGGAAGUAGAAACUGUAGAACAAUUUACUCUAUUGCGUGCCCCUCACAGGGAGUAGACAUAUUCAAUUUGACAUAUUCAUAUGAAAUAGAUGAAUAGCAAUGAGAUCCUCGGUGUAAUGUUAAGAAUACCUAUGAUUUCUAGAAUUCAUCUUUCUUUUGAUGUGAAAUUCAAGAAAAAUAAAAAAAAUGAGUGACUAUCUCUGAAGUAAAGAAGAUCAAUAACUGAAGUGGGAGUUCAGUAAAAAAUAAAACCCUUUUUUGAUGGUUUCUCUCAUUCAUAAUUGUGCAUGAGAUUUUCAUCUAACACCGGCUCCAAAGUGAUGUUUAAAGAUAGAUGGUUCUUUCCAUAACACGAUAACGGAUGCUUUUUAAGAUGUACCCUGUGAAGGAUUAAAAGAAAAACAAUAUACUACCUCCAUUUUCUUUCAAUUGUAACACUGGACUUUUUGCACUAUUUACUUAUUCUACUUCGAUUAUAUUUUAUUUAUUAAUGUAUUACGGAGUAUAAAUUAAUUUUUUAAAAACUAUUGUUAAAUUCUUCUCAUUCUAAAUUUUCAAAAUAUAAAUUUUUAAAUUUUUUAUUAAUAAGGAAUGAAAGAUAUUAAUGGUCAAACUUGUGCGUUGGCAAAUGUGAAAUGUUGACCUUUUCAAUUAAAAGAGAUUGGAGGAAGUAUACAAAAAUAGUUGAAGUAUUGUGACCUCAUUAGUCUCUUCGAGAUUCUUUUGACCCAUGAUGCUCAUAAGAGAGUAUCAACUGAACUUGCCAAAUAUCUUAUUUAUAGGAGACAUGAGAAGUGAGGUUCUUUUUUAAACCAAGAUUAAGAAGGAUUGUUUCAAUUAAUUUAGCCUUAGUGUGCAAGUAAACCUCCAAAGGUGAAGGGUUAUUUGAUUAGGCUACAGAUAUUUGGCAGUGGCUUUUAAAGCGAUGUUUGAAUUUAUUUCCAGACUAGGCAAAUAUAGUUUUUUACGUAUUAGCCUAGUAGGUAUUUUUAUAAUUUUAAUUUUUGUUUUUCAUCCAUGUAAUCAGUUUUGCACUAUUAUCGUUUUCACUGACUUUCUAAUAGCCUUUGUUAAAAAAUAAACAUACACUAACACGAUUUUUGUCAUUUUUAUUUUUUUGAAAAAUCAAACUUUUGUUCAUAAAUAGCCUAUAUUAAAAGGAGUGAUUAGUUUCGGUGGGAUUAACUAUAGUAAGUUAAAAAAAAAUAGUUGACGGGGAAGCUUAGAAAAGAGUGAUGUUCGUGUUUUUUUUUUUUGUUUUUUUUCUUCAAAAUCCCUGUUGGCUGAGAGUUAGAUAUAGACUAGAAGAAAAUACGUUAAGGAUGAAAAGCAAAAGAAAAGUUGCUAAUAUUUAAACCAACGAGUGCUAUAUCUGAAGGGGGACUGAAGCAUGUUCAAGUAUUUGAAACAUAGUAGACCAAUUGCAUAAGGUGCAGGAUGAGAUUUUUAAAUUGCCUUGGAGGAUUGUAACACUCCAAGUGUCCUAGGAAAUUCAGAGUUGUCCUUUAAGGUUGGUGAAAACAUCCAUAAGCAUUUGAAGGUUGAAAUAUGAUGAAGAGUGUAAUUGGAAUUCCAUCCAUCUAUCAAUAUCUGUUUUCUUUGCAAGUUCUUUGUAGGAUGUGAGAAGGCAAUAUGGUGGAUGCCUUAUUUGUGGUUCUCAGCUCGUCUUUGCGAGGUGUCAUUACCAGGGCAAUCUCGUCUUUGUCUAUUUUAUUUUCUGCCUGUGUUCAUUCUGUUUUGCAGUUUUGCUCAAGUUGUAAGCUGGGCUGAAGUCAUUGUUUUUCUAAGGCCUAUAGACUUGAUCUUAUCUUAAUAAAAUUCUGAGUAAUUGUAUUUGCGACCUUCGAUUUGUUAUUUCACAAUCACUAAUUCAAUUAUUAAAAUAA